GGUUGGCCGGGCGGAAAGGAGGGCGGGAGUGGGCGGUGAUUGGCCGGAGUGGCAGCGAGAGGCGGUGGAGCCAGGAUGGCGGCGAAUGCCAAUGUUGAGAACCUCCCUCCGCAUAUCAUCCGGCAGGUGUGGAAGGAGGUAUCCACGCUGUCUGCGGAGCCCCCGGAGGGGAUCAAGAUUUUCACCAAUGAGGAGGACAUCACAGACCUACAGGCAACCAUUGAGGGGCCAGAUGGGACACCCUACGCAGGAGGCCUUUUCCGAAUGAAGCUGGUGCUGGGCAAGGACUUCCCUGCCCGCCCUCCCAAGGCCUUCUUUAUCACCCGCAUCUUCCACCCCAACGUCAGCCCCAGCGGAGAGAUCUGCGUCAAUGUCCUGCAGCGGGACUGGAGACCGGAGCUGGGCAUUCGCCACGUGCUGCUGACCAUCAAGUGCCUGCUGAUCCAGCCCAACCCGGAGUCAGCCCUCAAUGAGGAAGCUGGUCGUCUGCUGCUGGAGGAGUACAGCGAGUACGCAUCGCGUGCCCGUCUGCUGACCGAGAUUCACGCCCGCGCCCGUGACAAUGACCCCUCCCCUCUGCCACCUUCCUCAUCCGCUUCACCCCAGCCCCGACCCCCUGAUGGGCCCCUCCCCAAAAAGCAUGCCGGUGAUAAGAAGCCCCCCAAGAAGAAGGGUGAGAAGAAGCGGGCACUCCGUCGUCUCUAGAACCUGCAAUCUCCACCCUCUCUCCGUCCCCACGGGUCGCCAGGCACUAAGGUAAUCCUCACACCAUUGGACACGACCACCUGGCUACUGGGCACUAGGACCCUGCGGCACCCCUUCAAGCCGGGCACUGUGGCCGCUCUCUUCAACCAGCAACUGAGACACCCAAGGAGCCUGCAGCACCCCCAGCAACUACACGGUACUGACUGCAGGGCACCGGGAGCCCUCCCUGCAGAGACUGGCUCCAGGACGGUGCGGUGUCCUACCAGGCCCCAGCUGUUGAGCUCCAGGACCCUGCGGCUCACCAUUCUCCGUCAGCCUGGGCAUCCGUUUGACCCACGGGGAGAGCUGGAGCAGAAGAUAUGGUUGCCUCGUUUGCUUUUGUAACAAAAAUACAAAGUUCACACCCCACCCCUCAAGUUCCUCUCCCCACCCACCCAAGAAUUAAAAGGUCUGACCACUCUACAUAAGUUAUUACAGAUGCCACCCCCAACCCCCCACCCCCAGGACACUCACCCGUCCUGGGCAUCUCAACUGCAACCCAUACUCACAAUUUCAUUUGUGCCCCCUCUUGCCAUCUCGUGCAUUUCAUUAUUAACUCUCAACUUUCUUCCCUUGCUUCCUUUUACCAACCCUCUCCAGCUCUUCAUCAUCCUACAUCCUCCAAUCCCACUGACCUGUCUCCCACCUCACUCUCUCCCCUAUCCCUCCCUUCCCUCUCUGACUCCCUCCUUUGUGCCCAGGAAUGUCUGGAGGGAGAUUCACUCUGUGUCUGACCCCGGGAGUGUGUGAUGGGACGGUGUGGAGAGAUUCACUCUGUGUCUGACCCCGGGAGUGUGUGAUGGGACGGUUUGGAGGGAGAUUCACUCUGUGUCUGACCCCGGGAGUGUGUGAUGGGACAGUGUGGAGGGAGAUUCACUCUGUGUCUGUCCCCGGGAGUGUGUGAUGGGACGGUGUGGAGAGAUUCACUCUGUGUCUGACCCCGGGAGUGUGUGAUGGGACGGUGUGGAGGGAGAAUCACUCUGUGUCUGACCCCAGGAGUGUGUGAUGGGACGGUGUGGAGGGAGAUUCACUCUGUGUCUGACCCCAGGAGUGUGUGAUGGGACGGUGUGGAGGGAGAUUCACUCUGUGUCUGACCCGGGGAGUGUGUGAUGUGACGGUGUGGAGGGAGAUUCGCUCUGUGUCUGACCCCGGGAGUGUGUGAUGGAACAGUGGGGAGGGAGAUUCACUCUGUGUCUGACCCCGGGAGUGUGUGAUGGGACAGUGUGGAGGGAGAUUCGCUCUGUGUCUGACCCCGGGAGUGUGUGAUGAGACAGUGGGGAGGGAGAUUCACUCUGUCUGACCCCAGGAGUGUGUGAUGGGACGGUGUGGAGGGAGAUUCACUUUGUCUGACCCCGGGAGUGUGUGAUGGGACUGUGGGGAGGGAGAUUCACUCUGUCUGACCCCGGGAGUGUGUGAUGUGACGGUGUGGAGGGAGAUUCACUUUGUGUCUGACCCUGGGAUACAGAGACAUUUCCCCAGUGACCAUGUCCCAUCUCAUCUCACAUUCUGGUUUGUUCUCAUUCCACAUCCUAGUCAGUGACUUGUUCCGGAGCUAACAGCCCCCCGGAGGGGCAGUUCUACAGUCAGGUUCUUCCUCAUUCCCAAUUCCCCUCUCUGCACCUGUAAAUAAAGAAAUGGAUACAUUCUGUUUAUAUUAAA